AUGAGAGAAGAAGGAUGGGAGGAAGAAGAGUUGAUUGAAGGGUCGCCACAAAUCCCUAAUUUCAAAGCAUUCAAGCUCGCUAAAUUUGAAGCCAAGGAUAAAUCAGAGCGCCUUGCCAAAAUAGAAAUAUGGGAGGAGAGUAUGAAGAGGGGAAAAGCGCGGAAGCAGUGUAUGGGAAGCGUGGAAGGAGCGGCCUGUACACGAAAUGUUCAAGAAGAAUUACCUCUUGUAUCUUCCACACCUUCGCCGUUGUCCCAGGACUCAAUUUGUAAUAAUCGGCAGGAACCUGUGGCUCCUGAGACAAGUGGCUGGACAGAAGAAGAAAAAGAGCAGGCUAUCCAUAAUGGUAUAUAUGGGGACGCGUACGGGGAUAUCUAUGGCGAUGUUUAUUGGGAUACGAAUGUGGACAUACACGAAGAGAAUCUCGUUUCAGAAAGCCUCUCGCGUACAAGACGAAAAAAAUCAAAUCGAAGUAAGCAAAGAAAGAAGGCAGCAGAACGUCAAGCUUCGCUACAAAUUCAUGGACUACUUCCUGUUCCUCUUCCUCCGCAACCUUUACAGGAGCAAUUCAAUCGAACAGUUUCGCAGCAUGAUAGCGUAGCUCUUCGCCCCAAGUCAAAUAACAACCAGCUGGAAGUAAGAGGGCAGAAAGCGGGUAGAGAAAUGACUAUGGGGCGAUUUAGUUCUGAGGGGCUUACUCUACAGCAAGAUCGUCUGAAACAAAUCGCUGAUCUACGCAAGAGAAUAAUUGCACGCAAAGCUUUGCUGCAAGCACAGGGUCUACUUCCUGUGUCUCCUUCUCGGCAAAACGUGAUAGAGAACUUUAUUCGAACUCUCCGAGAUGGUAACUCCGAAGCUAAAAUCUUUAAUCCUCUUAACAUCCAGGAAGAUGAAAAUAGACAGAAAACUCCCGAAAUCAUGGGAAGCGAGAAUCUUGGUUCUGGAGCCAGCCCGCAGAAAAAGGAUUCAAAUCAGCAUAUCACCAAGAGCCCAAAAACAUAUCAAGGGAAAUAUACUACAUCGGAGAAAGAGCGAGAACCGAGCACUUCAAUACCAGAUGAAAUCAGAGUGUUAUUACAGAGGGAGAAGGAGCGAAGACAAAGAUUAUCAGCACUAGAUAACGUUGAGUUGGUGGAAAAGAGGGAACAGGAGCAAGAGCUUUCGGUAUCGGAACGGAUCAGAUUGUCAAUAGAGAAUACUAAGUCAAGGAGUGUGCCUACCAAGAUUUGCGAUGUCUCGGAGAAGACACAUUUGGAGAUAGUGAAAAAACGAGCCGCACUUUCAGAUCAAGGUUCAUCAUUAUACGCACCCGCUGCUCCUCAAAAGCCUUGGCAUAACAGUUCUUCCGUGCUCAGGAAUGAAAGUCGAGAAGUAUUACAACUUGAUGAGCAAGGAAAUCACGCUAUGGAAGGAGCGCAAGACGGGGAACUCCUUCCAGUGCUGAAAGAUGCUGGGUUUCUACCGGAGAACUUGGACAUGGAAAUCGAUACUGUUAUUGAACAUGGAGACCAGGAGGACAUUGCAAAGCUAGUUUCAAUACCUCAAAAUAUCGGAGUUAUUUUAGACAAUGCGAGGCGUUCUAUUCCCGAAAUGCUAUCACAGCUUUUGUUCCCGUCGGAAGAAGUCGAAGAAAUCAUGAAAAUGGAGAAUGAAUGGUUUGGGUGGCUAGGGAUGGAUGCUGAUAUUGAUACAGACAUUGAAGAUUGGAUCAAUGUAACGACACCCUCACCCAAGCCCCCUAUCGAGCACGCAUCAGAAGAUAUAACGCUGAGAGCCACUCCCGAUACCUUAUCAGAACUAUUCAAUAUAUCAGAAGAUAUCGAAGAUAUGGUAAACACAGAGAAUGAGUGGUUUGGUUGGCUGGGGAUGGAUAUCGAUGUUGAAGAUUUCGCGGACGGAUUUGCUAGGUGCUAA